AUCUCACAGGGCGCUGUCCUAUUCUCUGGCUCUUCCCAUGCUUCACCUCUGCCUUUGUCUUUGCUUGUUCCAGUGGAGCAUGAUAAGGAGUUUCUGCCAGUGCGCCGGCACCACCGCGAGUUCCUCUUCGACCUGUCUCGUAUCCCCGAGGGUGAAACCGUCACUGCCGCCGAGUUCCGCAUCUACAAGGACUUCAUCCGCGAGCAAGUCCACAAUGAGACCUUCCUCAUCAGCAUCUACCAAGUGUUGGAGGAGCACCCCGACAGGGAGUCGGAGCUGUUUCUCCUGGACUCAAGAGUGAUCUGGGCUGCUGAGGAGGGAUGGCUGGUGUUUGAUAUCACCGCCACUAGCAACCACUGGGUCCUGAGCCCUCAUCACAACCUGGGGCUUCAGCUUGCAGUGGAGAGCAUGGCUGGUCGAAGCGUGAACCCCAAGCUGGCAGGGCUGAUCGGGCACCAUGGCCCCCAGAACAAGCAGCCCUUCAUGGUGGCCUUCUUCAAAGCCACCGAGAUCCACAUUCGCAGCAUCCGCUCAGCGAACGGAAAACACCGCAACCAGAACCGCUCCAAGGGGAACAAGGGGCAGGAUGCACUGCGGGUCUCCAACAUUGCAGAUAACAGCAGUGCAGACCAGCGGCAAGCCUGCAAGAAACACGAGCUCUACGUCAGCUUCAAAGAUCUAGGAUGGCAGGACUGGAUAAUAGCACCAGAAGGAUACGCUGCCUACUACUGUGAGGGUGAGUGCGCCUUUCCCCUCAACUCGUACAUGAACGCUACGAACCACGCCAUAGUGCAGACACUGGUUCACUUCAUUAACCCGGAGACGGUGCCCAAGCCCUGCUGCGCGCCGACGCAGCUCCAUGCCAUCUCGGUGCUCUACUUCGACGACAGCGCCAACGUCAUCCUGAAGAAGUACCGCAACAUGGUGGUGAGAGCCUGCGGCUGCCACUAGGGGGCCUCGGUCGCACUCCAUUCCCGUCCAUCACUUGGGACCCUCGGAGCAGCAUGUUUGAAAAACGGAUUCUCGGGAUCGAUGAUCCUGUUAUUUAGCGACAGGCAGAAACAGGGAUUGAGGCGCUCGCAGCAGUUCCUGCCCGCCUCCACCGGGGGUCGCUACUGAGCUCCGUGACUGGGAGAGGAAAAAAAAACAAACAAGCGUUCAUCCUAAGCCAUGUAUUUUCCGUCCAGUCCGCACUAUUGAUACGGUUUGCCUGCGUUCCUCCCACCUCCCCAGUGCUUCACAGACUGAAUGCUACGAGGAGCACACAGAUCUAAGGAAUUCUGAUUUUUCAGAGCAUGAUGUUCUUCAGUGUGCAGAGCAGAAGCCAACCAUUGUAGCAAGCUGCCUGCCUGGCCUGGAACAUCACAGCAAGAACAGGGACGACAUUGCAGAGUUACAGGAGAACAAGAAACACCGAGCUGUGAACAGUAUUUAUUUUGUUGUUUAGGCUGUUCUGGGCCACCUUUUGUCAAGCCUCUUGGACACAAGUUCAUUUAUUUUAAGCAGCACUGCCGCAGCUCUCUCUAACUUUAGGGAGCAGUAGCUGCUGCUUCUAUUCCAAGUCUCUCUCUCUCGAGGUCUGUCUGGUUCUACUCCUUGCAUGAACAUUGUCUUCAAUGUUCAGCAGUCUGUUGAAAUGAUGGGGCUUUCUUCUUUAACACUGCGAUACAAGAAUGACAUCACCUCCACUCAGCAGCACCUUCGCUUCAAAACUUUGGAGGAGUCUCAAAACUGACCGCUCCAAAUCGCCUGAAUGAAGAAAAACAACGAAACACACACGUUUACAAAUCUUCAAAUGAAUAACAAACAACUAAAGACUGCUUAUAAGGCCAUUAAAUGCUCAAGUUGGUUAUUUCUUGGAGUGAAUAGCUUUGCGAAUCUAGACAAGGUUCUAGAACCCUUCCUCUGCUUCCGUGUCGUUAGGAAAUACUCUGAGUGCUGCUCUCUCUCUCUGUCUCUCCCUCUCUCUGUCUCUCUCUCUCUCUCUCUCUCUCUGUCUCUCUCUCUCUC